AUGUUUUUCAGGACAGCUACACUUGGACGCGCUGCUGCCACUCUCAGACGUAUUCCUUACUCCACAAUGUCUAAAACAUUCACACCUGCCGCACGUGUGGCUCAUUUCGAAAAGGACGUUUGGUCUAUCUUCACCCCUUUGGCCGCUGAAACCAAAGCAAUCAACCUCGGCCAAGGCUUCAUGAACUUUGGUCCACCUGAGGCUGUCCAAAAGGCUGCCAAGGAAGCUAUCGACAUUGUCGAGUCCAAUCAAUACAGUCAUCCACGAGGUCGUCCACGUCUGCGUAAUGCCAUCGCUGCAUCAUAUGAGCCUGAAUUUGGUCGAAAGCUGAAUCCCGAGACCGAGAUCUUGGUUACAGCAGGAGCCAAUGAAGCCAUGUUUGCUACCUUUGCUGGUUAUUUGAAUGAUGGUGACGAGGUUAUCUGCAUUGAGCCUUUCUUUGAUCAAUACAUUUCCAACAUUACCAUGAAUGGUGGCAAACCCGUGUUUGUGCCUUUGCGUGCCCCAGAGCGAGCUGUCGAUAGCAACAUUUCCUCCCAUGAGUGGCGCUUGGAUGUUAACGAAUUGCGAUCCAAGAUCACCCCCAAGACCAAGAUGAUUGUUAUCAACACACCUCACAACCCGGUUGGAAAAGUCUUUGACGAGAAGGAAUUGUUGGACAUUGGUAAAGUGGCCGAGGAACAUGAUCUCAUUAUUCUUUCGGAUGAAGUGUAUGACCGCCUCUAUUAUCCUCCUCUCGAAAAAUUCCCUCGUGUGGCCACUCUCGGUAACCUCUGGGAACGCACUUUGACUGUGUGCUCUGGUGGUAAGAGCUUUGCAGCCACUGGAUGGCGUGUUGGUUGGCUUAUUGGCCCUGAGCAUUUGGUCAAGUAUUCCUUCGCUGCCCAAACUCGUGUUGUCUUUUCGGUCAACUCGCCUUGUCAAGAAGCUGUUGCUGCUGGUCUCGAAGCUUCAAUCAAGGAACCCAUUUUCCAAGAUCAAAUGGCAGCCUACCUUAAGAAACGUGAGAUCCUGGCCAAGGUGUUUGAUGAGCUUGGUUUGCCAUACACCACACCCGAAGGUGCCUAUUAUAUCCUAGUCAACACAUUCAAGAUUGCUGUGCCUGAAGAUUAUCCCUUCCCCCCAGAAUUGGAUACCCGUGGCAAGGAUUUCAAAACAUGCUAUUGGCUCACAAAGGAAAUCGGCGUAUGUGCCAUCCCACCUUCCGAAUUCUAUUCAAAGGAUCAUUGGGAUCUCGCUGCCAAUUUCGCUCGAUUUGCUUUCUGCAAGACUGAUGAUGUCCUUCACCAAGCCGUGGAACGAUUGAGGAAGCUUAAACCUUAUAUUAAACAAUAG